GAAUUAGUUUUAAUUAAUUAAUUAAUUAAUAAUAAAGGCUCAAUCCGCGCCAAGUCUAUUACCCCUCUCAAGCUAUUUCUGAAGUCUCAACACGCCCAUAGCCCUGCGCCGAUUCCAGAGCAGUUAUACACACUUUUACCUAUCUGCCGCCGAGCCUGUAAUGGCGGUUGACAAGAGCGCGCUCGGUGAAGGUCAUCAAGCUUGCAUUACACGUUUCUACAAAAUAAUCCUUAGCUGGGACUACUUCCGCCUUCUUAAUGAUUCUGAUAAGCACAGACGCAACAAAAAUGAUCUAACCGGGAGAGCCCUAGGGGUCAGAAAAGUGAAGAACACGUACAGUGACGUUGAUGACUAUAUUGCUACUUUUGAGCCUCUUAUGUUUGAAGAAGCUAAAGCUCAGAUUAUUAAAGGAAAAAAAGAUGACGAUGAAGAAGAAACAGAGUGGGUGCUUGCUAUGGUAGCAGAGAGAAGCGAACUCGACGGGUUUCACUUGCCAAUGGUCAUCUGUAUAGAUGCCGGAUCAAUAAAACAGAAUGAUCUAUUGCUGGUUUCAAAUCAGAAGUUUGAAGAGGGUAAAUCAGUCCCAACAACAUAUGCAUUUGCAUUGGUUGAGCAUCGUCAACAAGAUAAAAUAAAACUUAGGAUGCACUUGAAAGGGGAGUUCAAAGAAUUGAAUACGGACAAACUUGUGGAAUGUUCAAGGCUUUCGAACAUGCGGUAUCUCUUUAGUGAAGUCAAAGGGAAAUUGUUUUUUCUCAAGGUAUGCAAUUUAUCAACUAUCGCCCGUGAAUAUGUUGCUCUGUGGUCUAUUAGCUCUCUUCCAUUUAAGGAUUUAAUUUUAUCUGCAACUCAAAGCAAUUUGAAUGAUGAUCGAGCAUGGAAAAUUUCAAAACCUCUGAAGGAGUUCAUUGAAACCAAUCACAAUAAAUCUCAGCUUGAGGCUAUCAAUGCGGGUCUUUCACGCAACACCUUUGUGCUAAUACAGGGCCCCCCAGGAACUGGAAAAACACAAACUAUCAUUGGGCUUCUUUGUGCAAUUUUGCAUGCAACACCAGCUAAAAUACACUCCGAGAGGGGAAAGUUGAAUACUUUAAAAUGUGGACCACAAUUAUCCAUCCAGGACAAACACAGUCACUGGCUCAAAGCAUCUCCAUGGUUAACUGGACUUAAUCCUCGAGAACAGGAGAUGCCUAAAGACGGCGAUGAUGGUUUUUUCCCGACAUCUGGCAACGAAUUGAGACCAGAACCGGUUAAUUCCAGCCGAAAGUAUCGCGUUCGCGUUCUAAUUUGUGCUCCAUCAAAUUCUGCCCUAGAUGAGAUUGUACUUCGAGUUCUAAAUUCCGGUAUUAGAGAUGAAAAUGACCAUGUCUACAAUCCUAAAAUUGUACGGAUUGGUCUUAAGCCACAUCAUUCUGUUCAGGCAGUCUCCAUGAAUUAUCUGGUGGAACAAAAAAUGGUGGGCCUCGACAUGCAAACUGGUGAUAAACAAAAGCAAGGAGAAACAAAGGAUAUAGAUAGUAUUCGCGCUUCUGUUUUAAGCGAAGCUGUGAUUGUCUUUUCUACUCUAAGCUUUAGCGGUUCUCCCCUCUUUAGUAAAUUGAAUCAUGGUUUUGAUGUUGUCAUAAUUGAUGAAGCUGCUCAAGCUGUAGAACCAUCAACUCUUAUUCCAUUGGCCAAUGGAUGCAAACAAGUUUUUUUAGUGGGUGAUCCAGUGCAAUUGCCAGCAACAGUAACCUCUGAUGUUGCUAAGAAAUUUGGAUAUGAGAAAAGUUUGUUUCAAAGACUGCAGAUGGCUGGCUAUCCAGUGCAGAUGCUGAAGACGCAGUAUCGUAUGCAUCCAGAGAUACGGAGCUUUCCUUCUAGAGAAUUUUAUGACGAUGCAUUAGAGGAUGGACCGGAUAUUGAAGUGCUUACAAAGCGCAAAUGGCAUAAUUAUCGCUGCUUUGGACCCUUUUGUUUUUUUGACAUACACGAGGGCAAAGAGUCUAAGCCCGCGGGAAGUGGCUCUUGGAUGAAUGUGGAUGAGGUGGAGUUUGUGCUUGUGAUUUAUCGUGAAUUGGUAACUAGGUAUCCGGAGCUUAAGUCAAGCUCCAAACUUGCAAUUAUAUCACCUUACAGACAUCAAGUCAAGAUAAUACAACAAAAGUUUCGUGAAAUAUUUGGGGUGGAUUCACACAAAUUUGUUGAUGUGAAUUCAGUUGAUGGAUUCCAGGGGCGUGAAAAAGAUGUUGCAAUCUUCUCAUGUGUCCGAGCAAGUGAAGAUGGACAUAUUGGAUUCGUGGAGGAUUUCCGACGAAUGAAUGUUGCUAUCACUAGAGCUAGGUCCUCCGUCCUGGUUGUAGGUUCGGCAUCAACAUUAAAGAGAGACAAGCAUUGGGGAAACCUGAUAAAAAGUGCAGAGGAGAGAAACGCACUUUUCAAGGUCUCCAAGCCCUACAACGACCUUUUUAAUGAUGAGAAGUUGGCAACAACAUGGGUAACAGACAAAGCACGAGAAGGGAUGCUUGAGACAGAAGCAAGUGAAAUGGAUAUCGAUGGGGGGGCUGCCCUUGAUGCCUAUCAAGAAGGACCUGAGUUGGGAGAUGAAGACAUGGACGUCGGGGGCAAUGAGGAGGACUAGUAAAGAAAAAGACACAGUUAUGUACAGUCACUGGAUCUGGUAUACCACUGGUGACAAUACAAAAUUACUUUCUCAUAUAUAGUACUCACAAAGAACGCUUCAUUCACUCUGGUGUACCUGAUUUUUUGGUAAACAAAUGACACGGUUUUUCACCUCCCAAAAAACAAAGAUUUGGAUUGUGAAGUCAUGUACACGUACAGCUUACAAGUGUCAUUCAGUUUUGUAUAUGCCACAUCUUCAAUAUAUAUAUAGUUCAAACCACCACCACCAUCAUCAUCAUCAUUACCCUAGUGCCUCAAAGGCUCCCACCUACGGUGGGGUCGGAUGUAC